AUGGCGGAUGGCAAGUCAGUCUGACUCUGAUCGGCUCAAGGAACAGUCAGUUCUCCAGUCAUGAAAGUUUUGGUGUUAGUUGUGUGCCUGGCCGCGGCGGCGGUGGCCGAUGUGCCCCGCGAAAUCAAGGAGCAGAACACCAGGGUGCAUGCCCUCCCCCACGCCUUCGAGACCCCCGAGCACUUCGAUGACAGCAAGGGACCGUUCCACUUCGGCGAGCUCCGCUCCCUCAAGCCCAUUGUGGAGGAAAAGGCCUACGGCAGCGACCAAAAGAUCACCACCACCGUGGACGUCAAGGAGUACAAGAUCACCGGACCCGGUAUCACCACAUACAGUGCUGCCGGCCCCGCAGUGUCUCAGUACAACACGAACCAGUACCAGCAGCAGUACAACGCGAACCAGUACCAGCACCAGCAGCCCGCCUCUCUGCUCAUCAAGAGCGUUGAGAAGCAGGUUCCUGCGUUCCAGCAGACCACCUUCGUGAGCCAGCCCGCCUCAUCCAUCUACUACAAGACGGCCGAGAAGGUAGAGGAGCCCGCGCUCCUGACAAGCGGAGUCCAGCAGGUCCAACAGAUCGAAAAGGUCGAGAAAAUCGAAGGUGCCCAGAAGGUUGAGGUUCCUGCUGUGACCGCCUACUCUGGUGGCUACGAGCACAGCGCCUUCAUCCAGAAGCAGCCUUCCCUCGCUAGCCUGAGCAGCACCUCCGGAUACGGUGUUAGGAGCGCCGUCAGCCAGCCCACCAUCACCACCUACAAGAAGGAGUACGUCAGCCAGCCUGCCGUGACCACCACCACCACCUACACCAGCGGCCUGCCCACCCUUUGCGACCAUAUAAAGAGGAAAGAGUAG